ACAGAGCGAAUGGAGAGCAUAGAACACAGAACGGUGGAAGUGAAUGGCAUAAAGAUGCACGUCGCAGAGAAAGGAGAAGGACCAGUGGUCUUGUUCUUGCACGGCUUCCCCGAACUCUGGUACUCUUGGCGCCACCAGAUUCUCUCUCUCAGCUCCCUCGGUUACCGUGCCGUCGCACCCGAUCUCCGAGGUUACGGUGACACCGAAGCUCCUGCUUCGGUUACAAGCUACACCUGCUUUCACCUUGUUGGUGACGUAGUUGCACUCAUAGACUCUCUUGGUGUCGACAAAGUGUUUCUGGUAGCUCAUGAUUGGGGUGCCAUCAUCGGUUGGUAUCUCUGUUUGUUCCGACCAGACAGAAUCAAAGCCUACGUUUGCCUCAGUGUCCCCUUCCGACCCUUCCUCGGAAGAAACCCUCGCAAGAAAACCGUUGAUGCUUUUCGCGACUUGUACGGAGAUGACUACUACAUAUGCAGAUUUCAGGAACCGGGGAAGAUGGAAGCUGAGCUGGCUCGUGUUGACACAACAUACUUGUUGAAGAACAUACUUACGACGCGCAAAACCGGUCCUCCAAUAUUUCCAAAAGGGGAGUAUGGAACUGGAUUUAACCCCGAUACUCCUGAAACCUUGCCAUCUUGGCUCUCCCAACAAGAUCUUCUUUAUUAUGCUUCCAAAUUUCAGAAGACCGGCUUCACUGGAGGCUUGAACUACUACAGAAAUCUCGACUUGAAUUGGGAGCUGACAGCAGCAUGGACAGGAGUAGGAAUCGUGGGUGUGCCUGUAAAGUUCAUUACUGGGAGUGUUGACUUGGUAUACACAUCCUCAGGGAUGAAGGAGUAUAUCCACAACGGUGGUUUCAAGAAAAAUGUGCCAUCGUUGGAGGAGGUGGUGGUGCAGGAAGGGGUGGCACACUUCAACAACCAAGAAGCAGCAGAUGACGUCAGCAAACAUAUCUAUGAUUUCAUUAACAAAUUCUGA